AUGCGCACUACAUUUUCCAACCUCGCCAUCCUGGCCUCCUCUUUGCUGGUCAAAGAAGUCUUCGCUGCCCCUGUUCAGGAGAGAGCUACAUACAUCGAUACCGACAUUGUCAUGGUUACGGAGGAAGUAACUGUGACAGAGAUGCCCGACGGAUCUUACGAAACCGGUGCUCCUGUGGCCAUUGGAACCGGUAUCCUUACCGGUACUCCAGUUCUGUUUAGCGAAGCUUCUUCCGCUACCCCUAUUGCGACUCCAACAUCUUCUGCUGUUGAGAUUCCAGCUACCACUUCUUCUGCCAUGUCCACUUCUUCGUCGUCCUCUUCGACUGGUGCGGUGUUCAUCCAGAACACCCAUGUGAGCGAUAUCCACACUGCUUCGAGCUCCUCCACUCCAAUCGUUGUGGCUCCUACAUCCACCUCGGUUGCACCAGUCGUGACACCAACAACCCUCUCCACCAAGGCAUCCACCACACCUGUACCAACAACCUCGAAAACCACAUCUUCCGUCGCUGUUGCCACCACUGCAUCCUCGUCAUCCAAGAAGCGUGGAUUGGCAUUCAACGAUGCAUCCCUCACCGACGCUUUCAGCUCGUCUUCAGAAGUUUCAUGGGCAUACAAUUGGGCCUCGUCCACCAGCGACGCUAUCGCUUCCGGCCUUGAAUACAUCCCCAUGCUCUGGGGCUUAGGCUCUGACAACACCGAUGGCUGGUCCAGCAUCGCUACCAAAGCAAUCGCUGCUGGAUCCACCGCCCUCUUGGGAUUCAACGAGCCUGACUACUCCGGACAAUCAGACUUGACAUACUCUCAAGCCGCUACCGGAUGGCAGACAUUCAUGGAGCCAUUCGCUGGAAAGGCUACCCUUGUCUCACCCGCCGUCACCAACGGAGGAUCGCCCAUGGGUCUGACCUGGUUGGAGAACUUCAUCUCCGCCUGCACUUCCUGCACCAUCGACGCAGUUGCCAUCCACUGGUACAACGGCGGAACUGCCGCUGACUUCCAAUCCUACGUCCAGCAAGCCUACACCGCAGGCGGCAACCGCCCUCUCUGGAUCACCGAGUUCCAAGCUUCUGGCACCACCGAUGAGCAGAACUCGUUCUUGGAGGAAGUCAUUCCUUUCUUGGACGGCAGCGACAUGGUUGCCAAGUACGCUUACUUCAUGGCUUCAGACGGCAUCUUGCUCACUUCCGGUACCACUUUGAGCACGUUGGGAGAGACGUUCGCUAGCUUUGUGUAA